AGCCACUUUGGCUCAAGGCCGUUUCGGCUCCGCCGGCCCCCGAGCGUGCGCCGCCACCCAGAGAGCCGAAGCAGCACAUGCACCGAGGCGCCUUACGCCUCGGCCUCGCUCCGCGAUGCGACGCGCUCUUCCGCAAGGGCGGCUGGCUGGCGGAGGAUCCGGCGCGGGCCCCCGCGGCUCCGCCGGGCUGGCGCGAGUACUGCGCGACCAUCUGGAGCAACCCUCGAGGAGCCCUGCGGGCGCAGGGGCUCCGCCUCGCGCGGGGCUGCCUCCUGGAGCACGCCGCGGGGGCGGGCGCCGUGGUGGUGCCCGCGAACAAGGGGCUCGUGGGCCCGGCGAGGCCAGAGUUCUGGAUGUUCGCGUCUCACGCUGGCGGCUCGGUCGACGAGCUGGUGCACCGGGCUGCCGGCCCAGACCUGCUGGAAGCAUGCGGCAGGGUGCCAGCACGGGGCGGCAUACGGUGCGCGGUGGGGAGCGCCGUCGCCACGCCCGGGACGCAUCUCUUCCUCCCCCGCGGGCACGUCAUACACGCGGUGGCACCCGUCUGGCACGCCGCCGAGACGACCGGCCCCGCUCUGGUGUCGGCGUGGCGCGCGGCCUUCGCGGAGGCGGGGCGCCUUGGCGCCGCGUCCCUGGCGUGCCCGGCGCUCGGGUGCGGGACGAACGGCACGCCCCUGCGGCUCGGCGCGCAGUGCUGCUUCCUCGCGUGGCGCGGCAUGCGCGGGGCGGGGCUCGACGUGACCGUCGUCCUCGCCACAUUCGAGGCGUGGCAGGCCUGGACGGACGUCGCGUUCUUCGAGCGGGGGCGCGGCCUCAGCGCUGCGAGAGGCAGUGAGCCGCAGGGUGGGGGCUGACUCCCGCGAGGGCCCUGCGGGGCUUGGUGCCGCCUCGCCGAA